AUGUCCCUAACACUCGAGAGGAUGGACACCUUCCUUUUGGCUUUAUAUACCCUGCUAGCUUACAGCACAGGCGUGCAGGCAAAGGCGGUCUUCGCCCAUUUCAUAGUUGGCAACACUGAGAAUUAUGUAAUGAGCGAUUAUGAGUAUGACAUCAGUCAGGCCCAGCAUGCGCACAUUGAUAGGUUCGCUCUCAACAUAGCGCGAGACGAGGCCACCAACGUUAAAAGCGUUGAGAACAUGUUUAGCGCUGCAGAGGCUGUUGGCUUCAAACUAUUCUUCUCUUUCGACUACGCCGGUCAAGGCCCGUGGGAUAAGGAGGAUGUCAUCGCUAUGCUGGACAUUUAUGCCAAUAGCCCGUCAUACUUCCGACACUCAACUGGUCAGCCUCUAGUAUCGACUUUCGAGGGCCCAAAGCAGUCAGAUAACUGGGUCGAGAUCAAGCAGCGAACUGGAGCCUUCUUCAUGCCUUCUUGGUCAUCCCUCGGCGCAAAGCGGGCCAUAAAGAAGGGCACGGCCGACGGGCUCUUCAGCUGGGGUGCUUGGCCGGAGGGACCCAACGCUAUCAGUGAGGAGAUUGAUGCCUUCUAUGUCGACUUUCUCAGAAAAGAUGCUAGCGGCAAACCCAGGCCUUAUAUGAUGCCCGUUUCGCCUUGGUUCUACACCAACCUGCCCGGUUACAAGAAGAACUGGCUCUGGCGCGGCGACAGCCUCUGGUUUAACCGUUGGAAUCAUGUGUAG